AUGGAGUCUGCCAUUCGAGAGGCCCCAUUCGGGCAGCUUGUUCGUCUUUUGACAAACAAUAAAUACUUCCAAUAUCCCGAAGAAAAGCCUGGUUUCAAGCUUCCUGACACAUGGAUCAAAUCGUUAAAUCUGAACGGAGAUGAAAGCGAUGAAAAGAAUAUCACCCGACUAGACUCCAACCAAAGCAAUGACAACAGUGGUACUUUAACCCGGGCCUCUACAGAAGUAUCUAUGCAAUUCACCGAAGCUCGCCUCGAGGCCGACGAACAACAUGAAAUCGAGAAACUCAAAUCCAUCCCCAUCGCUCCCAAGAAAACAGAAGACGGUUCCAUCCUCGUUGAUUGGUACUAUACCGAUGAUCCAGAGAAUCCACACAACUGGUCCAAUGGCAAGCGUGCUCUCAUAACUAUCAUGAUCUGUCUAUAUACCUUCGUCGUGUACACCACUUCUGCUAUCUACACCUCCUCAACAGAGGGUAUCAUGAAGGAGUUUGGUGUGAGCACUUUGGUCUCUACUUUGGGCUUAUCACUUUACGUUCUGGGAUAUGGUAUCGGGCCAUUGGUCUUCUCUCCACUGAGUGAAAUCCCCACAAUUGGACGCAAUCCAGUCUACAUCGUCACAAUGUUCCUCUUCGUGAUCAUCUCCAUCCCAACAGCCUUGGUGGACAACUUCGCCGGCCUGAUGGUGCUGCGCUUUCUACAAGGCUUCUUUGGCUCGCCCUGUCUUGCAUCUGGUGGUGCUUCCAUCGGAGACAUGUAUAGCCUAAUGUCCCUACCUUAUGCCAUGAUGGCCUGGGUUUCUGCCGCUUACUGUGGACCCGCUCUCGGUCCUCUUCUCAGCGGCUUCGCCGUCCCCGCAAAAGGCUGGCGCUGGUCCCUCUUCGAAUCAAUCUGGGCCUCCGCCCCAGUUUUCAUCCUGAUGUUCAUGUUCCUCCCAGAAACCAGCAGCGCAACAAUCCUCCUCCGCCGCGCCAACCGUCUCCGCAAAAUCCACAAUAACAACAACUUCCAAUCGCAAUCCGAAAUCGACCAACGCAGUAUGCAAAUCUCAGCUGUUGCCAUCGACGCCCUAAUCAAGCCCAUGGAAAUCACCAUCAAGGAUCCAGCCGUUCUCUUCGUCCAAAUCUACACAGCAAUCAUCUACGGCAUUUACUAUUCCUUCUUCGAGGUCUUCCCCCUAGUCUACCCAGUCGACUACCACAUGAACCUCGGCCAGACCGGUCUCGUCUUCCUCUGUGUUAUGGUUGCAUGUCUUAUCGGCGUCGCCAGUUACGCCAGCUACAUCUACUUCUGGAUGAACCCCCGCAUCCGCCGCUUCGGCUUCCCCCAGAAUGAGAAACUUCUUAUCCCCGCCCUGCCCGCCUCGUUUGGUCCUCUCAUUGGUCUUUUCAUCUUUGCUUGGACGGCUCGUGCGUCUAUUCAUUGGAUUGCGCCGACUAUUGGUAUCACCAUCUAUGGCGCUACGGUUUUCAUCGUCAUGCAGUGCAUCUUCAUUUAUGUUCCGCUCACUUACCCUAAGUACGCGGCUAGUCUGUUCGCUGCGAAUGAUUUCUUCCGCAGUGCGCUUGCGUGUGGCAGUGUGCUGUUUGCCCAUCCCUUGUUUGGGAACUUGGGUGUUGCUCGGGGUGUUAGUCUUCUCGGUGGUUUGAGUGUUAUUGGUAUCAUUGGUAUCUGGUUGCUUUACUUCUAUGGUAGCAGACUUCGUGCCAUGAGCAAGUUUGCUACCUAG